AUGACAAUCACCAGCAUCAAUUCUGACAUCCCUGUUCUCUCACUUAUCCGUACUGCCCUCAACACAUCUCUAAUACCACAAUCAUCCACCGACCCAUUCAACUCUCUCACACUCGCGCAGCGUCUCAAAUCCGCCCUCUGGUACAGCAUCGGCACAAUCAUCGACGCCAUAUCUUUAGACCAAGACCUCAAUGCUACUCCCCAGUUUAUUGGUGCUUUGACCGAGUUGGUUUGGUCACAAAUACUCACUUCCGGUGCUGAUCUAGAGGCGUUUGCCAAGUGUGUGAAUAUCCUUCCUUGCUUCCUGUUUACUGUAUUGAUGAAAUCACAGNNACACGCUGGGAGAGAAGCCGUGGAUGUCAAGGAUGUGCUUUUGCUUGUGCGCAGAAACGAACAGUUGAAAGAAGUAUUGGAGGAAGCGGUGAAAGACAUCAGGAAAUGA